AGACUGCAGGCAUCUCUGUGAUCUCCGGGCUCAAGGCUGCUCCUCGGCGCACAGCACAGCGAACUGCAGCGGCGCGUCAUUACCGGAUCGGCAAAGAGGAUCCGCUGUGUAUCUAUGACUGUUUUCCAGCUCCUGCAGCCGCUUCCCCCUCUUCUUUCCCGUGCACUUUAAUUGGAGAAGCUCGCCAAGAUGAUGUCCAUGAACAGCAAACAGCCGCACUUCGCCAUGCAUCCCUCUUUACCCGAGCACAAGUACACCACCCUGCACUCCAGCUCGGAAGCUAUAAGGAGAGCCUGUCUACAAACUCCACAGCUGCAGAGUAACAUAUUCGCCAGCCUGGAUGAGACCCUGCUGGCCCGGGCUGAGGCUUUGGCGGCUGUGGACAUCGCCGUGUCCCAGGGCAAGACGCAUCCGUUCAAGCCCGACGCCACCUACCACACGAUGAGCGCGGUGCCCUGCUCGUCGACGUCCACCGUGCCACUGGCCCACCACCACCAUCACCAUCACCACCACCACCACCAGAACCUGGAGCCGCCGGACAUCAUGGACCACUUGGGCUCGCCGUCCCUCACUCUCAUGUCGCACGACGGGACCGGCGGUGGAGGUGGCGGAGGCGGCGGAGGUGGCGGCGGGCUCAUCUCCACCCCCUCCGGACACCCUCACUCUCACAUGCACGGCUUGAGUCACCUCUCCCACCAGGCUAUGGGCAUGAACUCGCCUCUCACCCACCACGGGCUCUUACCGGGCCACCACGGGGGGAGUCAAGGCGGCCCAGGGCUCACUAACAACGGACUCCCCUCAAUCAAUGACUCGGACACGGACCCACGGGAGCUGGAGGCUUUCGCGGAGCGCUUCAAGCAGCGGAGGAUCAAGCUGGGGGUGACCCAGGCGGACGUGGGCGGCGCCCUGGCUAAUCUCAAAAUCCCCGGCGUGGGGUCACUGAGCCAAAGUACAAUUUGUCGAUUCGAGUCGUUGACUCUGUCCCACAACAACAUGAUCGCGCUCAAACCCAUCCUGCAGGCCUGGCUGGAGGAGGCCGAGGGGGCCCAGAGGGAGAAAAUGAGCAAACCGGACAUUUUCAACGGAGGAGAAAAGAAACGCAAGAGGACGUCGAUAGCGGCCCCGGAGAAGAGGUCUCUGGAGGCUUACUUCGCCGUGCAGCCGCGACCUUCGUCCGAGAAAAUCGCAGCUAUCGCGGAAAAGUUGGACCUGAAAAAAAAUGUGGUGCGAGUGUGGUUUUGUAACCAAAGACAGAAACAGAAGAGGUUGAAAUUUUCCGCCACUCACUGAUGAGCAAAGAGAGAAAAAGAAAUAAGUUGAGAGACUGAAUUUGGGGACCAAGGGACACUAAGACACCAUUUUCAGUCUUUUGUCUCCAGCGAUAUUUUACACGUUGGUGCACAUGUGGGCUUUAGAUUCCCGUUUUACAAGGCUUCAUAUUAUAUCUGGUUUAUUUUCACGUUAUCGGUGAAUGAGAAGUAUGCAAAUAACAGAUCACACAAAUUCUGCUCAGUUGUUAUCGAGGGGAAAAAGUUUGACAUUGCCUUUUUUAAAUAAUAAACACGCGUGGACAGAGGUAAUUUGCUUGAUGAUAUAGCGAGUUAUUUUCUCCUGAUAGGCCUAUUAUUUGAAGUAUAGCCAUUUACGAAUUACCUCAUUGAUUGUUGAACUGUGUUCUUCUGUUUGGUUAUUUUUUUCUGUCGUUGUUGGUAUAGAAAUAAUUCAUGGAUCUGUUCAUUUAUUCAUCUGUGUAUUUAUUUAUUUAUUUAUUUAUUUGGAGGCUGCUAUGAACUCAAAUUUAGUUUGCAAACUUUUAUGGCUAACGGAAAAUAAAUAGGCCUGCAUGAAAAUCACGGGCAGUAAUUUAGCCUCUUGCAGGGCUGUCACAUCUAUAGAUAUAUUUAUUUUGAAUUUGCACAAAAAAGACCCUUGGGGUUUGUGUCGAAAUGGUUUUUUUGUAUAUACAGACUUCACUUUAUUACGUGUCAGAGGUGAGCUCCUGUCUUUUGGAAAUAAAUUAUAUGGUCUGUGGUCAACAUUUGGCAUCACAAAGUUUCAAAAAAAAGACCCACAGAGCACGAAACUCUUUUCUGAUCCAACGAAAACAACGAAAUUGUGAGUUUGCAGUGCGAACACUCUAUGCAUUGGGAGAAGAAUCACUACCGAGCUGUCUACUGAUAGACCUCAUGUUGUGGAUGUCACUGUUUAUUGCCUGUUUUCACAUGGAGAUCACCACGUUGUUUGUCGUGUUACUUGUUACGGUUGUGUAAGUAAUAAUUUUUACUUUGUGCACAAGUAUGUUUACAAAACCUGCAGCGACAUGUGCAUCAUGGAAGAAAAAAAAAGAAGAUGUCCCACUGUCUCCUUCCCUCCUCUCAUCCCAUCACUCCUCCUCCACUCUCCUCUGUUGUCCUUUCUUUCAUCGGUACUGUUCAUCCUGUGUGAGCCAAAUCCAACAGGGAGGUGUG